GUCUACAGCCCAACAACUCCCUCGGAUGGAGACGAUCAGACGACCUUUACCAGCAUCAGUUGCUGCUCCUUUGUCCUCCUGCGAUUCCGAUGCCAAACCCACACACGCAACGCAAGCACAUAUGCAUUGACUGCUCCCCAACCCCAGCUCCAGCUCCAGCUCCUCCCAUCCGUCUAGACGGUCAUAUAUAGCUCAAUAGCUGCUCCGGCCGCGCGGACCGGCAGGUACAAAGGUCACAACUCACAAGCCGAUCCCAGAGAAAGGAGGAGGGUGUUAGCCUAGCUAGCUGGAGAUCCACCACAGAGCGAGCAUCGAUCAAGCGGGCUACCCAGAGAAAGGAGGAGGGUGUUAACCAGGCGGGCAUGGCGGGGCUGCAGCGGUCGAGCGAGACGUUCCGGCGGUCUGGGUCGUCGGGGAUGGUGUGGGAGGACAAGCAGCAGCUGUCGGCGUCGGGCAAGGAGGCGGCGGCCCCGGCGCGGAUGCAGCGGAGCGGCUCCAGCGGGGGGCACGGCGGGUACAGGGCGGGGCACGUCCAGCCGGCGCUCGACCCACCCUCCCCGCGCGUCGCCGCCUGCGGCUUCUGCAGCCUCUUCGGCAAGCAGGCGCCCCAGCCGCAGCACCGCGCGGGCGGCGGCAGCGCCAAGGGGAAGCGCCGGUGAGCGAGGGACCAGCUUGCCGCUUGCGUUACUUGUGCCUUGUGCGCGCAGCUAUGUACAUGUAUGCCAGCCAGACUUGUGCCUCUGAUUCUGUUGGACACGGCACCUUCUUGCGCUAGACUUAGUACGAAUGAUGUGGGGGCGUUGGUGUUGAUUUCAACGCGUAACUUAUGUAUUGAUGCUCGUAUAUAUCCAUGUAGGACAUGUCGUCUUGUUCUUGUAAUAUUCUCCGUCAUAGUAAAAUUGUGCCUU